AGAGUUGGGAGAAGACCGCUGCUGCUGCUGCUUGCUGCAGUCCGAGCUCCAGAAUAGUCGAGUGUGCCACGAGACGCGAGUUUUCUGCGGCGGCGGCGACGUGACGGGAGGAGCCUCGGGGAAGGAAUGCUGACUAUGCUGAGGCCGUCCGCGGGGCCCUGGGAGCCAGCACCCCCUGCCUCGCCACAGCACGGCACACGCAUGCAAGUAUGAUGAGGAUUUUUAACACAUGCAAGGAGACUUAGGUGACUGCGGCCUCAGCCAGCAACAACCUCUUGCUGGCGAGCAGGCAAACCACCAGUGCCUCUGAGAUGCCUUCUCAAGUCCAACGUUUGGGAAAUUUUCCCAAUUUCACUCAUCAGGCAUACCGAUAUGGCAUUGCACUCUCAUGUAUAGGUGUUCUGCUCAACUGGCUGGGUGUGGCUCAGGCAUACAUAGAGCCUGUGCGCUACCUUGGUGUGGGCCUGGUUAUCAUUGGCUCCUUCCUUAUCAUCGCUGCCAUGUGUCGCUGGAUGUUCGUAUCCCCGCAAGCCACUACUACUACUGCCGUCCAAGAGGUCAGUUCAGAUGGUGCAGGAGAUCUUCAUGUAAUCACUGUGCCUAUGGUACGUGGCCAAGCCCAUUCCCGUACCCCAGGCACCUCAGCCUCCCAGACCAGGCCACCAGACUACUUCUUGGUGACAGAGAAACCACCAAGCUAUGAGGAGGCCAUGUCCAUGUUACCACCAUAUCCAGCCACUCGCUCAGGCUCCCUACAACUUAAUGCAGAAGGUGGGUUGCAGGACUUUUUAGCUCCCCAUCAAGUACCUGAGAGCCAACCAGAAGGUGCAGUUGGAGGCUCACAGCAGCAGCCAGAUGCAAGAACACAGCAGUCUGAUGGUUGUAUGGAAUCUGAGAGAUUAUUGAACACAUCCUCCUCCCCCCCUGCCUACUCACAAUGUGCCUCUCACUCAACAUUUGGCAGUAGCAAUAAUAGCAGCACCAUAACACCUCAGGAAGGAAACAUUGAUGAUGGAACAGCUGAUUCAACCAGAGGAGAUAAUAGAGCAGGUCACACUUCCAGCACAAAUAAUAGUAUCGCACAUACCACGAGCGCAGAAAAUAGAACUAAUCUAGUAAGCCUUUCACAAGAGACUUUAUGUGAUACUGCUAAAACAGAGGAGACUGGUGAGAAAGCUUGGAAAAUAAGUAGUGAUUCUAUUGAUAAGUGUCAAAAGAGUGAUAGCUCUCAUUCUUUGUCAGAUCAAACAUUGCCUUCAGUAAAUAUGGAUAAAUAGAGUCUGAGAAUAUUUAUUAAUUUAUAUGCAAAAAUAUAUUUAAGCUUUAUUAUACAUAUGGCACACCAUUUGAAUUCAUAUCUGGUCUUAAAAUAAAAUAGGUAAGGAGUGUGAUCAAAGUGGAAUUUAUUUCACUACACCACUAAGAAGCACAGCGAUCAAGUAGGCCAUUUUUUUAUCGUAAUAUUCAUCUCUCUCACCAUAGCCUAAUGAUACUGUAUACCCUGGCUCUGACAUGAGAUAGGGACCAAAGGAAUUAGUUCUAAAUUAGUUUUGUACAAAAUGAAAAUUAUUUCAAUGGGAUUUGUUAUUUUGGGACAAAAGAAACACAUUACUAAAUAUGAAAUAUAUAUAUAUAUAUAUAUAUAUAUAUAUAUAUAUAUAUAUAUAUAUAUAUAUAUAUAUAUAUAUAUAUAUAUAUAUAUAUAUAUAUAUAUAUAUAUAUAUAUAUAUAUAUAUAUAUAUAUUGACACAAAUAUGUGAAAAAAAUCAGCAAUGAAUGAAUAAAUGAGGGAAUAAUGAAGUGAUUCUUUGAGAACUAGAAUCUGCUAUGUACUGUAUGGUCGGCCUACACCAGCCCUGCCCCUUAAUGGAGAGUUGCCAGCUGCCCAUGACUAUCCUUAAGGCUUUCAUAGACCCACUGUGGAGACAAGUGCUUACCCUCACCUAUAAUAAACAAAAGUUUUUGUAUGAUUCUGCUGAUGCUAAUGCUCAAAAACUUGAUGUAGAUAAGAUUAUAGAACAUGAAAUGGUCUGUUUACAUCUAUCAGCAUGACUUAUAAAUGCAUGACAACAAUUAAUUCAUGGUCAGUAUUACCUUGACUAUUUACUGAAUGUGUCAAUAGGAUUGAAAAACAUUCAAAUAAUAAUGUGUAAAAAUUUUCUUGCAUUUGGUUCACCAAGAUGCUGACACAGGCAGUCAGCAGUCACAUUACCCUUCUCUGCAGCCAAUAGCCAGUAGGAACUCACCCACCUACAGUUUGACACAACCAAUGAGUAGCCAUGCUGAUUUUGCCCUUAGCCAACAUGGGGCCAGGAAAGAAUCAUUCACUGAGCUGAUGGGUCUGCAGCCUUGUUACUCUUGCACUAAGCAAAUCAGGAGCCAAGUGGAAAUCAGUAUUGCUUGCUGCACGCUUGUUAGCGUCAUUCCACAUUUUAUUGUAUUUAUUUUACAUUUUCAGUGUUUCUCAUUUUUAUGUUUUACUGACCCUCCUCACUGGCAGGAAUGUUUUAUUUGUUAUGUCCCAAAAUUAUUUGUUCUCAAUUGAAGAUAGUUGUCUUGUACAGAAAACUCAAGUCUCAUGUUAAAUAAAAAUUGUGUUAAAUUGAUGGUCUGCUGUACGAUUUGAUGAAAUCAAAUUAUUGUUAUCCAGGUGGUUGUUUAAGGCAUUUUAAGAAUAUGGUGUGAAUUGCAAGUGUUUUCUUUGUAAUAGUGUAUCCAACAUUUCAGAGGAUUUGUAUGCUUUGGGACCUUAAAAUUUCUUAAAGAAUAUCCCACAAAAUGAUUGGCUACCUCAGUUUAUUUCAUAUACAUUAAUAAUCAAAAUCUCUAAAUUUAUUUAAUAUUGUUAUAUUUACUGUUGGUACCCACUGUUUGCUACUCUGCCACUUCUAUGCAAUUGGGUAACAUAUCCAAGCAUUCCUGGAUCAUGAAGGUGACUUGCCUACCUGCAAUAGGACAUGAAGGCAAGUGAGCCUGGAGUCUGACUGCUGUUUGUUUAUAUUGCUUUAUAUUCCAUGAGUAGUAAAAACAAAUGAUCACAUGCAACAGAGAAAGUUCUGAACAUGAUCAUGUCACAGGUGUUAGGUAAGCUGGAAAUAAAAAUGUUUAAACUAGCAUUUAACAAAGUUGUGGGCACUGCAUAAUGUGUGACUGCACCAUAAGGACAUACACACAAUCUCUUCCAUAUCCAAUAUAUGCAUUGAAUUAUGAAUUAAAAUGACCUCGCACUUUACAAGAGUUAAGAAAUAAUUAGAUAGGAUCCAGGGGCAACUAUAAACAGUUGGUCAGAUGGUGUAUGAGAAACAGGAUAUGCAGCAUAUAUGGCUUGAUGCAGUUUGCCAUUUUCUUUUCAAUGCUCUGUGAACCUGAACAUAUCAUACUACUGCAAAUUACUUAUUCAUACGAGUUUCUUUGAUAAGUACAGUAAUAAGUUGUACAUCCAACCAAACUCACCAUAUUGAAAUUAAAAAAAAAGGAAACAUGAUAAUUUAACUAGGGAUGCUAGUAAAAGAUUCAGAAGUGGCACAGCUACGAAGAUAAAACACAUGAGUGUCCCCACCCAUGCUCUUUUUCCUGGGCCCUGCUGCCCCAUGCAGCCAGUCUCAGUAAUGGCUUGAUGGGCCAAGGCAAGCAGGUGGUGGGACUCCAGAGUGUAUGUACUUUUUUUCUUAUGAAGGCAGUGAUAUUGUGGCUCAUUCAGUUGAAAUGAGAAGUUGAUUUUGAGAUGUUAGCUCACAUCAGCCAUCUAUUUAAGCAUUCUGAGGCAAAGUCUCAGAUAAAGAUUUAAAGGUGGUGGCAUUAUGGCCAAUUUUUCAUAGAAAUGGCUAGAUAAAGUUGCAAAAACAUCUGCAGCACCAGACACAAGCCAUGGUGAAACAAAGCACCAAGGAUGACAAACCAAUCCAGCUCAUGGUUCUGCAACCCUCCCAGCAGGCAGAGUUGACCUCACUCACUCCUCAUCAUUUUAUUGCUCCUCCCCUUUUUGUUUUCAACUUUGCAGUCUCAUUAUGUUUCCAUAAUAAGAGGUCAAGUGGCAAUGAAGGCUUUGCUUCACCCCUUAGUGUUUGCAAGAGAGCUAGGAACAAGAAAAUGUGGAGGAUGAACUUGGCAAAAGACCAGUGUGUAGCUUGCCUCAUUUCUGCUCUGGGGAUGGUUUUGCAAAGACAGCAAUGAUCACCCAACUUCAGUUGCCACUUUCUAAUUUUCUGUCAGUCACUUCAUUUCAACAGUUGGGGCCCCAGUUUUGCUGUAUACGAUUAAGGAAGUGGCAAUGCAUCACGCAUGCAGGGCAGACAGCAUGGAUGGGAUGGAAUGUUUGGCAGGCAAAGUGGACCUCACUCUCCCUGCCAUUAUCUACUGGUCUACAUCUGCUCCUCCUCUUUUUGUUCUUUUCGUAUUGUUGUUCCCUUUGCGGACAGUUAGUUAAGUAAUAAUAAAAACUUUGCCUUUCUCUCUGGUGUUUGCAAGAAGGCAAAGGACUAGAAGGGAAAGAAAACACUUGGCAAAAGAGCAGUAUUGCUUGCCUCACUUUCACCCUGGGGUUGAAGUUAUACACAACAGCCUGGGCAGGGUGUGUUGGGGAGAGUGAGCCACAGCUGCUGAGAAUAGUAACUUCUUUGUCAGUCAAAGAAUUCAGUCCAUCAGUUUUCCAGAAACUUGUUUCCAAAACAUCCUUGGCCCAAUAAGUCUCAAGAUGUAAGUGAUGGUUUUGAAACUAAAAGGCCAAAAUAUAAACAAUUUAUUAAUCAAAUAUAUAUGGAUUAUGGUGGUCUAAGAAUGUAACACAAUAUAACUGUAGAAAGAAAUUUGCCAUUUGUAAUGUCAUUCUGGGUUGUAACUCUCAUAAACAGUGAGGUCAGAUAACACUUAUUUACAAAAAGGCAAUGAUCAACACUAAACUCCAGAAGAAUUUGCCUCGGAAGCACAAAUAGGGCAACAGGUGGAUUAUAUGUAGCAGCAAGUCACAGCAAUGUAGAGCAAAAGCACUUCCCAUACUUCUUGGUGUGAAAUGCAGCUUUUAUGCAGAAUGAAUAUUUGUUUCUUAAUCUGCACUAUGGAUGAAAAAUAACAUUAUAAUUGUAGAAUAAGGGAUGGGAAGAGCAUAAAAAAUGACAAGAAUUGUACCUAUGUAGUUAUAUUUUCUUGACUGUAAGUCACUGUUUGAAAUGUCAAGUGCUAUUUUGAUUUGUGGUGCUUCAAACUAUAGUGCUCUGCAGCUUCUCUUGUUUUCACUAAUCUUGAAUUAUGAUUUCAGUUUAUAAUGGUCAAAAUGUUGCAACAGGCUGUUUCAUAUAUUCCUUUCUCUUCUAUAACUUUUAGCUUGAAACUGACUCUCUAUUAUACUGGUGGCUUUUGCUUGGAUGCCAUGGACUGCACUGCUGAAUAGACUUUAUUGUGUGCAGGUGUAUGAAAGAAGCAUUGUAUAGUUUGGUCUGAUAUUUUAUUCAACAUGUACAGUAUUUCCUCGCAAAUAUUGUGUCUCACCUAGUCAAGCUGUGUGAGUUAAAAAUGAGUUUUACAUAACAAGAGCUGUAAUGUGACUGCUCAUAAGAUAUGCACCUUACUGCCAGUGACUUAAAAAAAACCAAUAGAGAAAAUGACCCAUAAUUGGUGAUGAAAUAGUUAUGCACCAAGGUUAAACACAGGCCUGUCUUCAUGCAGUUUACUUGUUCACUCACCUACACAAAUUUCAUUGAUGAUUAUAUUCAUUUCUUGGUAAAAUCAUCAGUCUAUAAGGAUAUAUUUGAUAAUGCUGAAUAAGGAGAUUCCAGGCUAAGAGUGAUUAUGAUCAGCUUAGUUAGGUAAUACUGAUUUGUUCUGGCUGAAUCUGCAUGCACAAACACAAAGAGGCAGAGGCAGCGCUGAGGGUGCAUGGUCAUGGACGAACCUGUCGUCAUACUUGGCUCAGUUGUGGGACACUUUUAUUCAGAUUUCUUAUACUUUAGCUUAUAUUGUCAAACUGUACAUUGUUUAUAUAUUAUUAGGUAAGAGAUCUGUAUUUGUUGGAAGCUUUAAUUUUACUUUUAUAUGCAUGUUAUGCACCAACUCUUGUGCCCUGCACAUUAUUGAUAGAAUCAGAAUGUUAUUUAAAGUCACUGACAUUAGUAGUAGUCUUCAUAUGAGUCAAAUACACAUUUGUCUUUAUCCUUUUCUCACUUUCAAAACAACAAUGUGUGCAAUACAAGAGGAAAUAUGGUUAUUUCAUUAUUAGCUUUGGUGCUAGAAGGCAUUAGGUUUUUUACAUUUGCAGACAAAGGUAAUAUUCCAUGCUCAAAUCCUUGAAUCAUAGUUAAUAUGCAGCUGAAGAUCUUGUUUCCUAGGAUUUUAGUCAAGUUGCUUAAAGCUGACAGAUUGCUGAUUGAGUACAGAUAGAUAUGACAAUGCAUAGGGAAGCUGUUUGUAUGGCUGUACUUAAAGCUAUCUCGUACAACCUACUGUUCUCGCUGGCCUCUUGUCAUAAUACAUACGUACUGUUGAGCAUCAACAUGCCUCAGCAGAAUCAUAUUAUCUUAUUCUUACAGAAUAAGCACUAACUUUUUUUUUAUUGUUAUGAAGCUACUUGUAAGCUAAUUCAAUACUAGUAGAUUGAUUGAAUGGUGGUUAAUUGUUACUUUUUCUGUUAUUUUACGGUGAAUUUUAUGUAAGAAUUGUAUUUUUAAUACCUAAAACUAGUGAAUAACAGCUGGGUUCAUUUGUAACCUUGAUCCACUUUUCAGUCUUCAUUAUUGCAAAUGAUUAUGAAAAUAAACAUUAUAAACUUAGAAAAUGUAAUAACUAACCCUCACUCAGAGUUACAACAAGUGGUUUUACUUCUCAUUCAUUUAUAAGUAGACCUUAGUUUAUACAUCAGGAAAUUCUAGAAAUAUGAGAUGACUGUGUGAUAAAUAAUAAUAUAUAGGCUUUCACCUCCAAACUACAGUCAGCAGGAAGUCAUUGUCACUUAUUGGCUUAAAUCAAAUUAAAAAUGUGAAAUGUUCCUAAAGCAUGUAUUCUAGUUUGUAAUAUACUAAGUGCAUAUUCAUGUCCCUUUCCCAUGUUUAGAUUUUUCCAUAAAAUAGUUUAAGCAUAUCAUAUUUAUAUGUUGUUAAACACAGAAAGACUUUCCUUUUCCUCUAAUAAAAUAUAAUUUUUGCAAA